UACACAUCCAAAAAACCUAUCUUUUUUUGUCCACCUUCAAACUCAUCAUGUACCCUAAUCGAAGCAUUGGAUCCACAGCGCUCAAGCGCUUAAUGACUGAAUACCGAGAGCUGAUAUUGAAUGCUCCAGAAGGCAUUACAGCAGGCCCUAUUGAUGAGAAUAACUUUUUCGUCUGGGAAGCAUUAAUUGCAUUAUCCAUUGAGUCCCCCACUAUGCGAUUCACCUGCGACUUUUUCCAUCCCAACGUUUACCCCAAUGGCACAGUUUGUAUUUCCAUUUUGCAUCCUCCAGGCGAUGAUCCCAAUAUGUACGAAAGCAGUUCCGAACGAUGGAGUCCCGUCCAAAGUGUGGAAAAGAUUCUAUUGAGCGUAGUUAGCAUGUUAGCAGAACCCAACGAUGAGAGCGGUGCCAAUGUGGAUGCUUGCAAAAUUUGGCGUACCGAUCGCAACCGUUACGAUGAAAUUGUGCGACAGAAUGCAUUAAAGACUCUCGGAUUGUAAAAUAAAUAAAAAAGCUAGACUGAAGCAAAAAUGAAUUAUAUUGGGAAGACUAUACUCAGUGUAUGCAAAUAUAAGCAGUUUCAGC